CACUCCAUCAACAAGAUGACCUAUGAGCCGAGAGAUGCGAAAAUCAAUUUGGCCACAUUUCGAGUGGUUCAAAUAAUUUCUUUCGUACUGGGAUUGGCCCCUUGUAAAAUUGACAUUGCAAUUUCUUCAUCAAAGGAUAUCAAAUACAUUACCAAGUUCUCGUAUUCAAAAUCGGGAUGUGCAUACAAUAUUUUGUUGAUCAUCAUCUUCUCUGUACUCACCAUUGCCUGCCUGCCAUACAUCUCUAAAGAGUAUGAUCUCCAUUAUUCCGAAUUCAUAGUGGUAAUAGACCUAACAAUGUCAGUGAUUGGCAAUGUCUUCGUAGUGAUCACAGCUUUAAUUUACUGUAUUCAUCAGAAGCGUAUUGUGAAAAUCGGGAACCAACUGAGCGAAAUUCAGUCCAAUUUGUCUCCAUGUGUCGCCAAAAAGUCUCGAAUUUUCUAUUACGUCACCAUAAUCUCUUCAUUCGUACUCAUCUGGGUGAGCAUUUCUGUUGGUCAGCUCGUACGAUCGAAAAUAUUUUUAUUUAUCUCAUUCGUAUUAUCUGCAAUAUUGCUAAGUGGCUUCAUCAUGCAAUACAGUUUGAUCGUCAAUGUUCUCAGAGAUAAUUUCGAAGAUCUCAAUCGGUCUUUCUAUACAAUAGUGAAAGUCCCAGAGGAAUUCCGAUAUAUUUCCGGCUUUCCGAGAAACAUCGCGAAAACCCGAUUGAUUAUACAGAAUUUCAUCAGAAUCCGGGAAACACGACAUGCGCUUUACAAAGUUUCUUGUCAAAUUUCUCAUUUUUAUUCAUUCCCAGUGUUAUUAACUAUCGUCAAUUGUUGCGGCAAUUGUAUCAGUAUUCUUUAUUUCUCCAUAAUUAACUUCAAACAUAGAGAGAGCACUUUUUUAAAUUCUAUCUCACCUACCGUCUGUAUACUGGACGGUCUCUCUUUGUUGGCAUUGUAUGGGUAUCCUGUUGUGGUGCUGACUAAUACUGUCAAACGAUUCAACGCUGAAAUAAAUAAAACAACUGAUAUACUAUAUGACGUCAGACAAGCCAAUGCUUCGAAUGAAGAACUUGUAGCUCAGUUACACGACUUUGCACUGGAAUUAGUUCACAAGAAAGUGGAAUUCACAGCGUUUGGAUUUUUCUCUCUGGAUUGUACUCUCUUACAUUCAAUUUUUGGUAUGAUUGUAACAUACCUGAUGAUUCUCCUGCAGUUCAAACCACCUGAUACUGCAACAGAAUGA